GAACGCUUUUGGUGAAUACUCUCUCACAGGCGGCGGAGGAUCGCAACGUCGCCGCGCGCAUUGAGUAGAGCUAGAGCCAACGGUCUGAGGGGCGAGCCGUCGCGAGGAGACGAUCCGGCUUUAUUUUGCUCACAAGAGACAGCAGCAAAUUAGAAAUAAAUUACGGUUUAACUGGGGGGGUCGGACAGGUGUGACCACCUUGACGUGGGGGGAACGAGGGAUUUGCUCAGCAAGUUUUUUUUUCUUAUUUUGCAUUUUUUUUUGUGUUUGUGAAGAAGGAUUGUGUUGGUCUGCUCGCACCUUGGCGCAAAGAUGAUGGUCGGGGAGAUCGAAGUGAAGGAGAGACCGAGGCCGAGUCCCGACUACCUCAUGCAGCUUCUGAACGAAAAGAAGCUCAUGGCCAGCUUGCCAAACCUCUGCGGUAUCUUUACACACCUCGAAAGGCUCCUGGACGAAGAGAUCACCAGAGUACGGAAGGACAUGUACAGCGACUCUGUGAAUGGCCUGGUGGAGAAACACCCCUUGGAGCUACCUGAACCUGUGGGCCCCAUUGUACACCUGCAGGAGAAGCUCUUUGUGCCUGUGAAAGAGUAUCCUGACUACAACUUCGUCGGGAGGAUCCUGGGUCCCCGCGGCCUGACCGCCAAGCAGCUGGAAGCAGAAACUGGAUGCAAGAUCAUGGUCAGAGGAAAGAGUUCCAUGAGGGACAGGAAGAAGGAGGAACAGAAUCGGGGUAAACCCAACUGGGAGCACCUAAACGAAGACCUGCAUGUGCUGAUCACUGUGGAGGACACGCAGGCACGGGCUGAAAUCAAGAUGAGGCGGGCAGUGGAGGAAGUGAAGAAGCUGCUGGUGCCUGCGGCUGAAGGAGAGGACAAUCUGAAGAAGAUGCAGCUUAUGGAGCUGGCCAUUCUCAACGGGACGUACAGGGACACCAACUUAAAGACACCCAACCUUGCCUUCUCUCUUGCAGCGGCCGCUGCGGCUGCUCAAGGUCCCCGCCUCAUAGCUGCCCCCACUGGGCAGGUCCUCCCCCCCACAGCCCUGAGGCCACAAACACCCGCGGGGACGCCCAUCAUGAACAUCAUCCGGCCCACCCAAAUGGCCGCCAUGUUGCCCAACGGCGCCCCAGCCCUGGUGCCACCGUCACCUGACGCUGGCAUCAUCUACACCACGCCAUACGAGUACCCAUACGCCCUGGCCCCCACGUCACUGCUGGAGUACCCCAUCGAGCACACCGGGGUUCUAGGUAAGCGUCCCUGGUCAGGCGCACCCUUUAGCCCCGGACUCGAGGGCGGCGUCUUUCUCACUGGCGUCCUGGACGCCGCUGCCACUGCUGGGAGCCACGGGCAGGACUUGUUAAAAGGUGCUAUGGCAACUAAAGUGAGAAGGCAUGACACGCGUGUCCAUCCUUACCAAAGGAUUGUGACAGCAGACAGAGCCGCCACCGGCAACUAACACAUGACCUUCUGACCUCUGAACUCUUCACCCAAUGACGAGCUGCCCCCCAGCCUGCCUGCUGAUCAGUUAACUGGUAACUGGCUUUGCUAGCCUCUCGGACCCCGUGAGAAAGGCAUCUACUCGCAGUUACCCUAACUACAACAACAACCACAGCAAGCCCUACAGAAACUCUCAUUUCACUAUCAAAUUGUUUUGGUAUCAAAUUUUUUUCCCUUUCUUUUUCUUUAAGUAUCUCCCUGCAAAUUGGGUGGGUUUAUCACUACCCAAGAACCUGCACUGAUUUUGAGCAAUAAAACCCCCAGCCCUACCCCUCACUAUCUGUUCGCUCCACUCAUAGUAAUAAGACGUUGCCAACCUGGAAUUGAGUCUACAUUUCUAGGCUAGUCUUUUGGCUCGAUAUGAUGGUUUCGACCCCAUCCGCUCAUCCCCCCCCCCCCCCCCCCCCCCCCCCCCCCAUCCGCUCAUCCCCCCCAUCCCAGUCCCCAUAGCCUGCAGAGGGACACCUGAAAGAAAAAGAAAAGGGCAAAAAAAGCAGCGGCGCGUCUCUCUGGUUGUCAUUGUACUUGUUUCCUGACGCGCUGACCCUUUAUUUUGAAGGGCUGACACAUUCUGGGUGUUGCCUGAAUUGGCUGACUUUUAAAGCAUGGCUCAUUUGAUUGCAGAGCUUACUGUGUUCUUUAUGUUGGUUUUUCUUUUGUUUAUUUUAAAUAUUUUGUUUUACAUUGGAAAUGUGGUGACCUGGGUAUUAAUGUAUGUACUGAGAUCAGUGAAGGUGAAAUGGGCCCCCUCAUCUCAGUGCGGUGUCUGGGAACCCUGGGCAUCUCCACUAAACCCUUUCACAUGUUGGUAUUCAGUGCCUGAACUACAUGUCUAUACAUCUCAUGUCACAGCAAUCCCAUCUCGAUCAAUAUGGAAAAAGGUGUGUGUUUCAUUUUGCCGACGGUCUGCGUGAUGUGUUGGGAGGUUCUCUGCAGUCGCGCUGGGGUCGCUGUGAUGUGAGUGUCCUACCAAGACGCGUAAACAGAAACACUACACAGGGAGGAGCCUGAUGCCCAAGUAUGGAUUUGUACAGAAUUCUUGAAUUUAAUUUUUUCCCUUUCCUUUACAAGAAGGAACCGGUAAACGUCCAAUGAUCUGACAGAACGUGGCGUUUAGCGUGCUCUUCUUGGAGGGAGACUACAUAUAAACACUUCCUGUAUCACACAUGACAGAGCUGAGAUGGGGCAGACGGCCCGGCGGCUGGUUUCAGCUUACGGGCUCUUCUGUCUGUCACGUCUCAGUGCAUUAAAGUGCGUAUCUUAGCCAGCUCCGCCUGACGUGUCCCCAGCACACUGUGCUCGUCUCUGCUGAGGGAGGGCUCUCAGAGGCCCCACCCCUAAACAUAUUUCAUUUCUCGUGAAAAACUAGGAUUUGAAAGCCAUGCCUGCCUGUUCUAAUUGCUUUAUACAUACCUGUUCUAUAUAUAUGAAUAUAUCUAUAUAAAUAUCUAAAUGUACACAUGUAGAUACCGGCAUUGCGGACAAACGGACAAGAACAAAAUUAGAUACUUUUACAGGGUGCUGGUGAAAAAUAUAUUUUUGGCAAUUUUAGCUUUUUGUACUUGCGAUUAUAAAAUAGUGUAAAAAAAAAAAAAAUUGUUUGAAAAGGAAAAAAGUUUAAAAAAGUGAACUUGGAUGUUAUUGGCUUAGAAAGUAAAGACCAAAAUGGCUGCAC